UUAGUGAUACUUGAAAAUUGUGGUGUAUUAAUCGAUCAUCAUCUUCGAGAAGAGAUUUACAAAUUUUCGAUAAGUAAGUAAGAGAUAUCUAUCAUCUAUCAUCAUCAUCAUCAUUAUCAUCAUCUCUAUCCCCGCCUAGUAGCGCACGCCGUUUAUGUUCCUGCGUAAUCGAAGGAAUAAGAACGAGACGGUUCAGAGGAAGUGUCGUCUAUCUGGUAAAGAAGAACCUUUCGAGGAAUCGUUUUUAUUAUUUGGGAUAAUGGCGUGGCUCGUUUCGAUGGUGAAUAUGUUAUAAAAGGAAAUAAAGUUUCGCUGGUUUCGGGGGAUAGUGUUAGGGAAAAAGGAAACUUUGAGAAGGGGAAACUCGGAGGAAAAGAAAUAGAAGAAAAAUAGAAGAAGACGACCACCUUCUUCUUCUUCUUCUUCUGUGUUACUUGGUGAAACUAACACCAAGCCGGGUUGCGGAAAGCGCCGCGGCGCCGAAAUGGGCCCUGCCAGUAGUCGAGAACAAAUCGGUGAGCAGAUUGGUGAUGACGAUGGCCUGCAGAUCAAUCCUAAGAGCAAUAUCAUCGGUAACAACAUUAUUACGGAGAGCGAGUACUCCGUAGAAGAACAAUCGAGGUUAACUGGAGCAGAUGGUGCGGCAGACGAAACUUCCCCGGAAGAUGAAGGAGGAUCAUUGUGCGAAUAUCAUGACAUACCACCACCUCCAGACGGCGGCUAUGGCUGGGUGGUUGUGUUUGCUUCGUUUAUGUGUAACAUGAUAGUGGAUGGGAUCGCAUACACGUUCGGAGUUUUCCUUGGCGAAUUCGUUAAAUAUUUUGGGGAGGGGAAAGGCAAAACUGCUUGGGUCGGUUCUUUACUCUCUGGCAUGUAUCUUAGUGCUGGACCUGUUGUCAGUGCACUGACUAACAAAUAUGGUUGCCGGGCUGUAUGUAUGGCAGGAAGUUUUCUAGGUGCAGCGGCAUUUGUACUUUCAACAUUUUCAACAAGUGUAAAUAUGCUUAUGAUGACUUAUGGUGUGAUGGGAGGUAUCGGCUUUGGUUUAAUAUAUCUUCCUGCAGUAGUUUGCGUAGGCUAUUAUUUUGAAACCAAAAGAUCUCUUGCUACGGGCAUUGCGGUAUGUGGCUCAGGGUUUGGCACGUUUGCAUUUGCUCCUCUUGCCACCAUGCUCUUAGAAACGUACAGUUGGAAGGGGGCAAAUUUAAUCUUAGCAGGCCUUAUUUUAAAUUGCGCAGUAUUUGGUGCGAUGAUGAGACCCCUGGAAUAUCCGAAAACUUCUUCCGUAAAGCCAUUGUUACAAAGAAUGGCAGAGGAGAAAAGGUUUCAAAUGGAACGGGGAAGUAUAGGUGGUUCUUAUUUUAUGGUACAACUACCAGACGGGUCUAUGGAGAAAAGAAUGAAAAUGCCUAUUAAUAUUGAUCCGGGUGUACACUCAAGCUUCAAUUUAGAUCAAUUAGUGCCUGGAACUCCUUUAACACCAGUUCCAACGGUGCCGACUCUACCCACUAUAUCGGAAGUCAAAGUCCAAGAACACUCAUCCAGUGGAGCAACCAGUAAUAGUGGAAGUAUGGAUUUAAAAAAUAUUUCUAACAAAUCGAGGAGUAAAAUUGUUAUCGAGAAAGAAAAGGACACGGUAAUCGAAAAAACCGAAGGUGAAAUAAUCAAGCCGAUACUUCCGAGAAACGCCUCGCAGCCAGCUUUUACGACGCACGUGCAAGGUUUGCCUAAAAAUGGUUCAGUACCGUUCUUCGACAGAAUACGCAAAACUAGUACAGGUGAAAGAUAUAAGCCAAGUUUAAGCGCUAUUAAGAAUUCUAGAACAACCUUGAAUUCCAAUGGGGAUAUCAGAAAAAGUUUGCAUUUAAGGCUUUCUACUAGUAGUGUAUUAGGAUCUCGUAACAACAAUGCAGAAGUUGAGGACGGUGAAAGCAUAACAUUCACGACAAGUACAUCUCGCAUCCCAAAGGAAAAGCCCUUAAUGGUUCGUCCUUUAUCAAGAAAAGAUAUAUUUUACAGUGGCAGUGUUGUUAAUUUACCAGAAUAUCAAAGUCAAAAAUCUCUUGCUAAUUAUCGACAAAGUGUCAUAUCGCUUCCGAAAUCUGUACGCGGUGAUAUCAAAGAUAUAGACAUAGAAAAACCACCUCAACAACCGUUGUGCCCCUGCUUAGUUUUACCUGAUUCGUUUAAAGAAGCUUUAGCCACAAUGAUGGAUGUAUCUUUGCUUAAGGAUCCAGUUUUUCUUCUUAUUGGAAUAAGUAAUGUAUUUGGAAUGGCAGGAUUAUAUGUUCCUUUUGUAUAUCUAGUAGAUGCUGCUAUCUUAGAUGGAAUUGAAAGCAACUCUGCAUCAUUUUUAUUAUCCAUAAUCGGUAUAACCAACACAGUGGGUCGUGUUGCUUGUGGAUAUGUAGCAGAUUUUCCUCAAGUCGAUUCGUUAUUGUUGAAUAAUGUUUGCUUAAUAAUAUCUACCCUUGCUGUAGCGGCAACACCAUUUUGUCACUCUUAUGCAUCUUAUAUCGCCAUGAGUAUAUUCUUUGGCAUAGCAAUAUCUGGUUACAUUUCAUUAACGUCGAUCAUAUUGGUGGAUCUCUUGGGAUUGGAUAAGUUGACAAAUGCAUUUGGGUUGUUGAUAUUAUUCAGAGGAGCUGCUGCCAUUGUUGGCUCGCCAUUAGCUGGUGCUGUUUACGACGCAACACAAAGUUACAGUAUACCAUUUUUCAUGGCAGGAUUUUUCUUCUUCGUAAGCACGAUCACCAGUUUCAUGGCGCCUGCCAUGAAACGGUGCACGACGCCGCAGACACAACCUGUGAUAUUAGAUACGUUGACUCCAAUUGACGAAGAUAUCGAGGAAGAAAAUGAAGAAGAUAUACCGGAAAUUGUUGAAACAGCACCCUCACCUCAAGAUCUACCGGAAAAAGAAAUCAAGCAAAUAGAAUCGGUUUUAUAAACAGUUAUUAACGCGUCUUUUUUGUAUGAUUAGAAAAAUGUCGCCUUCACUCCGAGCCACACUGUGAUAGGGCUGCUAAUUUGAGAAGUUCUCACAAAAGAAGAAUAAGAAGAAGAAGAAGAAACGUUUAUUUCUUCGUUACGUAUUUAAUGUGGAAAAACAAAAAAAAAUAAUGCACAAAUCGAUCGAGUAUACCUGGUGACAUUUUUUCAUAGUCUUCUAAACUUGCGAUAUACUAUUACUAUAUAUCAUUCUCCCCCUUCUCUUCUCCUCUUUUAUUCUAAUCUAUGAAUGAGAUGAAAUUAACGUAAGAAAAGAAAAAAAAAUAUCGCCAGGUACAAAAGCUGUUCUUUUGCCUACGUCAAUAAUAGAUAAUAGUUAGUGAAAUUUCUUAACUUAAUCAGUAUCGAUCGAUCAGUAUAUACGAAUUGAGAGAAAGAGAGAGAGAGAGAGAGAGAGAGAGAGAGAGAGAGAGAGAGAGA